AAGUGAGCACCUGCCGAGUUAACAGCCCGUCGGGUGCAAUGCCAACACGACCGACUGCAAGAAACUGCGCUGACGUGAAGGCGAUUUGUUUGUUGGCUGCACAGCUCCGACCCCAGUUGUAAAUACGAUUAGGUUUUUGCGGAAGUGAAGAGUCUGAAAAUGCUGUGUUGAAUUUCUUCGUCGGAGUUAGACCCUUUUUGUUUUGGAACGUUACCAAACGUAAACACACGCGAAUCUUUUGUCCGCGUGCUCCUGUUUGGGUGUGUGUCAACGGGUCUCGGGCAUGGCGCAGAAAUGAAGAUUCAUGGGAAAAUCCUGAGCCACUAUCUGUUCUGCAAAACUCCUGCGGACAAGGAGGGGUACCUGUACAAGAAGGGCGAAGUGAACACCUCCUACCAGAAGCGCUGGUUCACCCUCCGUGGGAACCUUCUGUUCUACCGAGACCGCCCGGGUGAGCGUGUCGUGAUCGGGGUUAUCGUGCUGGAGGGCUGUGUGGCACAGCUUUGUGAGUCUGAUGAGCAGUUCGCCUUCUCGCUGGCGUUCGGCAGCAGCAGCGCUGGUGAAAGCCUGCGCACGUACAAGUUUGCAGCGGAGAACCAGGAGAAUCAGGAGGCUUGGGUGAAGGCCAUCCACUCGGCCCAGCACUGCUUCCUCUCGCUGCUCCUGCAGGACUUGCGGCAGCAGUACCUCGAAGCGGCAAAAACAGCUGGAGUGGAUGUGGUGGACUGCACCCCUGUGGCAGUGCGAGGCAUGUCUCAUCCUCCAAUGUCCUGCUUGGGUUCAGCAUCUAUGUUCUACUUGCAGCCUGGAGUGACAGUACCAGGAGCACCUAGCAACAGACAGCUGACACAAUCUCUGGCCCAAAGCACUAGGCCAAUUGGUAAACGGUCCCCUAAACCCUGGCCCAAAUGGCACGCUAACAUCCCAGCUGUGGAGGGCUAUACCCCACCCCUUGGGGAGUGGUCAGAGCCCAUGAAGGACUUCUGCCAGAUGCAUGAGAACUUUGGAAAGGAGGUGAGACAGUUGAUGGCUGACUGGAAGAAGAGGGCAGAGACCAAGAUGGCUUUGUCUGAGGAAGACUUGAUUAAUUUGGGCUAAAGACAUAAAGCUAAACUAGUUAACAUUACUCUCGUAAUUGUGGCUGGUCUUUUAUUUUAACAUGAAAAUGUUGGAGCAAUAUUGAAAUUCCAGUGGCGAGAACAUUAAAUAUAUUUUAAUUUGAAUGUAUGUUGUAUGUAAUAUAAAGGAGAUCAUAGACAUAAAUAUUUAAUAUCUCGGUGUGAAUGAAUUCAAUGAAGCACAGGGCUCAAAUUUAUUAAACUGUUUCUAUGGAAA